AUGUCGUUAGAUCGACUUGUCACUACUUUCAAUAAUGAACAAAAACAUAUUCUGUCAACACUUGCUGAGGCCGACGAAGUAGACAAAUUUAUGGAAGUGGAUGAAAACGUCACCGAAACAAUGCAAUCAAUGUGUGAUCAGAUUAAUGUAAUAGUAGCAAAGUUAAAACCGAAUGCUUCGAUAUCCGCUCCACGCAAUGAUACGAGCAAUGAUAGGAGUCAAUCUUCUGUGCAAUCACUGAUCUUACCACGAAUAGAGAUACCAAAAUUUGAUGGAAAUAUCAUUGAAUGGUGCUCAUUCCGUGAUAUGUUUACAUCUUUGGUGCACGACAACAAACAUUACGAAGAUAUUGAGCGUUUCCAUUACCUGUUGUCUUAUUUAUUAGGUCCACCGUUAACAAUAGUAAAGGCGGUGCCACUUACAGCUGACAAUUAUUCUAUUGCUUGGAACGCGCUUAAAAAUCGGUAUGAUAAUAAGCGCCUAUUGGUUACUGCGCACAUUGAAAAACUAUUUGCAUUUGCGCCGUUAACAAAGGAAUCUCCUGUAUCACUUUCAUUGUUCGUCAAUACCUUUCGGGAAAAUGUAUCAGCUAUACAAGCUCUUGGAGUUGGAGACUUGGCUGGUUUUAUAUUAUUCUACAUCGGUUCACGCGUUAUUGAUCCUUUGACACGACGAUUAUUUGAGGCUACUGUUGUGAAAAAUGAAAUACCUGAUUUGAACUCAUUAUUAGAUUUCGUAUCACAACGAUGUAACGUUUUAGAAAACGUCGGCAGUAGUUUUAGCAUUAGUUGUGUGGAAAAUAAUGAAAAGACCUUAGGGAAGACAACGAUUAAGAAGAUCCAGGGCAAGAAGUCCGAGAAGACAUCGUUAGCCGUGGUCAACCCCGCCAAGUCAAAAAAGUGUUUGUUUUGUGGACACCCACAUGCAAUUUACAAGUGUUUUGGAUUCCGAAAGCUAACAGUUACCAGUCGCCGCGAUUUUGUCAAUAAAAAUCAAUUAUGUUUUGUUUGUUUGAACAGUGGACACACGAGCAGUGCGUGUCCUACGUCUUUUACGUGCCGUACGUGUUCGAGUAAACAUAGUACAUUACUACAUUUGACAGAUGAUACUACAAAAUCGAGUACCGAUAAGACAAAUGACAACUCCGAACGAGCUACAAGUUGUAAUGCAACACAGUUUUCGGGAGUUACACAUACGGAAACCACUGUUUUGUUGGGAACGGUCGUAGUUAGGGUUCGUGACAAUACAGGAGCCUUACAAACAGUCAGGGCAGUGUUAGACAGUGGAUCACAGGUGUCCGCAAUGACAGUAGAUUGUGUCCACCGGUUAGGUUUGACGCGAAGGAAGUGUCCUGUUGAGGUCAUUGGACUUUCCCAAACCGGUUACCACUGUCAAAGGUCAGACUAA